UCGGGCUGGGGGAUGACGAACCCGUAGGCGGGGCGGAAGACCGUCGCGCCGUGGUGACGUAGUACCGCCGGCGCGGGCGGAUGACACAACAGGACCCAUUGUCUGUGUGGGGUGAGGGGCCCCGGGGGCAGUAGGGGCUCCCGGCGGGGGCGGUGGUGGGUGGGGAGGGCCUGGACAUGGCGCUGAGGGGUCGCGCCGCGGGAAGAUGAAUAAGGGCUGGCUGGAGCUGGAGAGCGACCCAGGCCUCUUCACCCUUCUGGUGGAAGAUUUCGGUGUCAAAGGGGUGCAGGUAGAGGAGAUUUAUGACCUUCAGAGCAAAUGCCAGGGCCCCGUAUAUGGGUUCAUCUUCUUGUUCAAAUGGAUCGAAGAGCGCCGGUCCCGUCGCAAGGUCUCUACUUUGGUGGAUGAUACGUCCGUGAUUGAUGAUGAAAUUGUGAAUAACAUGUUCUUUGCUCAUCAGCUGAUCCCCAACUCUUGUGCUACUCAUGCCCUGCUGAGUGUACUCCUGAACUGCAGCAAUGUGGACCUGGGGCCCACCUUGAGUCGCAUGAAGGAUUUCACCAAAGGCUUCAGCCCUGAGAGCAAAGGAUAUGCAAUUGGCAAUGCCCCGGAGUUGGCCAAGGCACAUAAUAGCCAUGCCAGGCCUGAGCCACGCCACCUGCCCGAGAAGCAGAAUGGCCUUAGUGCAGUACGGACCAUGGAGGCAUUCCAUUUUGUCAGCUAUGUGCCUAUCACAGGCCGUCUCUUUGAGCUGGAUGGGCUAAAGGUCUACCCCAUUGACCAUGGGCCCUGGGGGGAGGAUGAGGAGUGGACAGAUAAGGCCCGGCGGGUCAUCAUGGAGCGGAUCGGCCUCGCCACUGCAGGGGAGCCAUACCACGACAUCCGCUUCAACCUGAUGGCGGUGGUGCCCGACCGCAGGAUCAAGUAUGAGGCCAGGUUGCACAUGCUGAAGGUGAACCGUCAGACAGUGCUGGAGGCCUUGCAGCAGCUAAUUAGGGUAACGCAGCCAGAGCUGAUUCAGACCCAUAAGUCUCAAGAGUCUCAGCUCCCUGAGGAGUCCAAGCCAGCUAGCAGCAAGUCCCCCCCAGUACUGGAAGCAAGCAGGGCACCAGUGGCCUCCGAGGGCACCCACACAGAUGGUGCGGAGGAGGGGGCUAGUUCAUGUCCACCUGCCCCGACCCACAGCCCUCCCAGCAAACCCAAGCUGGUGGUGAAGCCUCCAGGGAGCAGCCUCAAUGGGGUUCCUCCCAACCCUACGCCCAUUGUCCAGCGGCUGCCGGCCUUUUUGGACAAUCACAACUAUGCCAAGUCCCCCAUGCAGGAAGAAGAAGACCUGGCAGCAGGUGUGGGCCGCAGCCGAGUCCUAGUCCGCCCACCCCAGCAGUACUCAGAUGAUGAGGACGACUAUGAAGAUGAUGAAGAGGAUGACAUGCAGAACUCUGCCAUCAGAUACAAGCGGAAGGGGCCGGGGAAGCCAGGGCCCUUGAGUGGCACCGCAGAUGGGCAGCUGUCAGUGCUGCAGCCCAACACCAUCAACGUCCUGGCUGAGAAGCUGAAAGAGUCCCAGAAAGACCUCUCGAUCCCUCUGUCCAUCAAGACUAGCAGUGGGGCCGGGAGUCCAGCUGUAGCAGUGCCCGUGCACUCGCAGCCCUCACCCACUCCCAGCAAUGAGAGCACGGACACAGCCUCUGAGAUUGGCAGUGCUUUCAACUCGCCACUGCGCUCGCCCAUCCGCUCAGCUAACCCAACGCGGCCUUCCAGCCCUGUCACCUCCCACAUCUCCAAGGUGCUUUUUGGUGAGGAUGACAGCCUCCUGCGUGUUGACUGCAUACGCUACAACCGUGCUGUACGUGACCUGGGUCCUGUCAUCAGCACAGGACUGCUGCAUCUGGCUGAGGAUGGUGUGCUGAGUCCCCUGGCACUGACAGAAGGUGGGAAGGGCUCCUCACCCUCCAUCAGACCGAGCCAAAGCAAUCAGGGGUCCAGCAGCCCAGAGGAGAAGGAGGUGGUGGAAGCAACAGAAAGCAGAGAGAAGACUGGGCUGGUCAGGCCCGGUGAGCCCUUAAGCGGGGAGAAGUACUCACCCAAGGAGCUGCUGGCACUGCUGAAGUGUGUGGAGGCUGAGAUUGCAAACUAUGAGGCCUGCCUCAAGGAGGAAGUGGAGAAGAGGAAAAAGUUCAAGAUUGAUGAUCAGAGAAGGACCCACAACUAUGAUGAGUUUAUCUGCACCUUCAUCUCCAUGCUGGCUCAGGAAGGCAUGCUGGCCAACCUGGUGGAGCAGAACAUCUCGGUGCGGCGGCGCCAAGGGGUCAGCAUUGGCCGGCUCCACAAGCAGCGGAAGCCUGACCGGCGGAAACGCUCACGCCCCUACAAGGCUAAGCGCCAGUGAGGACUGCUUGCCCUGACUGCAGCCUGCUCUUGCCGUGUGGCCCUCACCAGGGUCCCUUCCCUGACCCACUCCCCCUCUCCCAGUAUUACUACAUAGUUCCAGCCAGAGCACCCAGGCCCUGGGAAUGGGAGCCAGGCCGGGAUUCUCCGCAUCGUGCCCCAAGUCCUGGUGGGCAGGGCAGCCCCAUAGUGCUCAGGAAGUAGCAGCUGGCACUACCUCCACAGCCGGCUGUGGAGUGGCAGGACCUGGCCCUCCUGCCUUGGGCAGCAGAAUAUAUAUUUUAUCUAUCA